CGAGCAAUGUGAGAAGACACGGCUGCCAGAUCAACUUUAUGUAAGCAUACCUAAGUGUCAGUGACCGAUGUGCUCAUGUGAUUAUGUUGGGUGUGACCGAGACAGACAUCACUGCUUCAAUGGUGCUUGUAAUGUGAAGGAACUCUAAAUGUUGAACCUUUUUGGAGAAGAAAAACCAUGGCCAGUAUGGAAGAACUUGAAGAAACUAUUAAGAAGCUUGUUGUACGACUCCGAAAUGUCGAAGAGGGAAAGCAGAUAGACACACUAGUCCAAAUUUUGGAAGAUUUACACAGUUCCACCUUUUGUAAAGGUGCAUCAGAAAUAUUCAGUCGAAUAAAUGUGCAUUCACCUCUGCUGUUGGUACUGGACUCCUAUAUGAAAGUUUCGUCUGUACAAAAGGUGGGCUGGUCUCUCCUAUGCAGGUUGAUAGAGAUUCAUCCCGAAACCCUGCAUAGCUUACAUACUCCUGUGGAUCUUGGACGUGAAUGGGAAGUACUUGGUGUUCAUCAGCAAAUUCUGAAAAUCCUGUCCAUAUAUGUUACAAAUCAUAGUGUCUUGACCAAUGGACUGAAAGCUUUAACUACCAUCCUUGCUUCAGAUGUGAUACAUUUUUUGCUUUUGGAUAAUGAUGCAGACAUUUUCUUGCUUAUAUUUGAUGCCAUGAAAAUGUUCCCUGAUAAAGAAGAAAUUCAAAUGUAUGGAUGCCAAGCUUUAUACAUCCUUCUAGUGAAAGUUCCAGAAGAACAAUUGACAGAGUUUGUUGAGAGCAAAGAUCAUUUAAUAAUCUUGAAAGUGCUGGCAGAAUUUAAGAAUACAGAAUGUGUUACUUUACCAGCUUUGCGUGCAUUGCUUCCACUGGCCGGACCCUCUAGCAAUGUGGAAGUACUGAUGUCUGGUAAUGUAAGAUGCUACAACAUCAUAAUGGAAGCUAUGAAAACAUUUCCAAACAGUGAGAAAAUUCAAGAAGUGUGCUGCUGUUUGUUCCAGAAACUUACAUUUGGAAGCUUCUUCAACAUUCUGGUUCUAAAUGAGGCUCAUGAAGUCAUCAUUAAGGCACUGACAAACUAUUCUGCAAAUCCAAAACUGCAAGCAGCAGCUUUAUCAUGCUUGGCUCUACUUACUGAAACUAUUUUUCUGAACAAAGACUUGGAGGAUAGAGAAGAUUUGGAAGAUACUAGAGGACAGCUUUAUUGGUUUGAAGCUUCAUAUAAAGCUUUAAAACUACACAAAAAGAGCACAGAUGUGCAGGAAGCUGCAUGCUGGUCUCUGAAUAAUCUGUUUAUGUACCAUCCUGAGCUUCAUGAUAACAUUGGGGAUGAACAACAUCAGUAUCCUGUACAUAGAGAAGUGAUGUUGUCCAUGCUGAUGCAUUCUUCUUGCAAAGAAGUAUUCAAUGCAUCUACAACAGCCUUGGCUACCCUUUCUGAACGUAAUGCGGUUAUUAGAAAAAAUUUAUUGGAAAAAGGAGUUCAUAUGAAUGUGCUAGAAAUUAUGAAAAAACACCUUGAUUUUCCAGAAGCAACCGAGAGUGCCUGCAGAGUAUUGCUUCAUCUCUUCAGUGAUAGCUCUUUUAAUUUGGAUGUAAUGACUGUAACUAUGACAUGUCUGAUGAAUGCAAUGAAGAAGCACAGGAAAGUGGCAUGUGUUCAGCUGGUGGCUCUGCGGAUGAUGCUACAGGUCAUGUUUAAUGAAAGCAUGUUGAAUGUAGCAAAUGAUACAGUGAAUUCUGAAGAAACUGCUUGUCUUAAUCUCCCAGUUAAAGUGAUUAAGAACCAGUGUCUACUAGAAGGAACACAUAAGUUAAUUUUGGAAGCCCUUAACAAAUUUAUUGGCAAUCCUGCUAUACAGGAAUGUGGUUUUAAAGUUCUUAGCUGCUUAUCAGAAUGCACAGGAGCGCUGGAAUUACUUUCAGAGCAGGGAGCUAUUGAUACCAUUUUACAUACAAUCCAGAUGUACCCAGGAAACCAAGAAAUCCAGUGUUUUGGUCUCUAUCUCCUGUCAUAUUUGGUUACAAGAAAAAACUUGUGUAUUGCCACCAUGCACCUUUUAUCAAGUCAUCUGGUUUCCACAUUACAACGGUACAAAGAUGUUGUCAGGAUUCAAGAGGAGGGAUUUCGAACAGCCUUAACAUUGAUAAAGUUGUCACACAGCUUUGCAAAGCUUUUGGAUCUAGAAGAAUUUGACACUGUGCUUUUCUAUCAGAUUUCCCAGUGCUUGGCAAACAGACGGAGUCAAAAGUUUCAGACUUCUUGUUAUCAAUGUUUUGCUGAAAUGACUUUGGAAGAAGACUUGAAAAACAAUUUACUGGUAAAGGCUUGUGCGGAAAAUCAUAUAGCCAUAGUGGAAAGCUUGCUUUUGUUGGGGGCAGAUGUCAAUAAAAAGACAAAAUAUACAUCGCUGAUCAUUCAGGCUUGUGAAAAGGGCACCAAUCCUAAACUGGUGGAACUAUUGUUAAAUCAUGGAGUCCGUGAGCAGGAUGCACAGACAGCCCUGCAGAUCAGUAUUAAAAAUUGCAAUAAUGAAAAUAUAAGCUUAUUGCUAAAAAAGCUUGGCUUAGAUUUGGCCAAUAACAGCAUUUGCCUUGGAGGUUUCCAUAUGGGAAAAAUUGAACCUUCAUGGCUUCACCCACUGUUCUUAGAAAAACAACCAACCCUCAAACAGACUUCUGUAGAUCAAGAAGAGAAACAAGACUUGGGGCCAGUUUUAGCGCGGAGGGUUUUACGCUAUUAUGGCUGCCCAUCUUCAGAUUCGAGUUCUGUGGAUGACUUGCUUGAUAAAUGUGAUGAUUCAUUGCCUCAUGAUGGUUUUGAAGAUGUUUUUACCUGCAGUGAUGAUGUAGACAGUGAAGGUAGUGAUGGAAUGUUUCCAGUGAAAAAGUCCCACUCAUUUGUGAGUCUUGACAUUCACAAGGAAAACUCAAAGCUGAAUCGCAUAACAUCAGGGCAAAGACAGACUAACUCAUUGAGUGCAUUUGGAGAUGAAUCUGUACGUUGCAGAAAAGAUUUUGUUAGCCUUGAUUAUCCGGCGCUGAGGUUUCCAUUGCACAUGAAGCGAACUGACAGUUCCUCUUCGCUGAUAGAAAAAGAGCACAUUCGUUCCCUAGAUCUGUCUGCAAAUGACCUGAAAAACAUAGACUUAAUAAAUAAAAAAUCUCUUCUUACAAAUCAUUUGGAACGCCUUGAGAAAAUGGAGCUUCAGCAGAACAGUUUAACAUCUAUACCAAAGUCUCUCUGUGAGGCUUUAAAGUCUUUGACUUACUUGGACUUGCGUAACAAUGGCUUCACAUCCUUCCCUACUUGUGUUUUGGAGAUGAGCAGUAUUGCAUUCCUUGACAUAUCAAGAAAUGAAAUUGGACCUUCCCUUGACUUGAACACAAAUGCUGUUUGUCUAACCUUGAAGCAUCUUAACCUUUCAUACAAUCAGUUGCAAAGUUUUCCUGACUGUGUUGGAAAAGUUACUCAAAGGCUUGAAGAGUUGAUCCUUGAAGGAAACAGCAUUUCUGAAAUCUGUACAGCAAUUUGCUUACCUGAGCUACAAACACUGAAUAUGAAUAAAAACAAGAUAACUUCACUUUCUUCUGAUUGCCUCCAUAACUGUGCAAAGUUAGAGAUGUUUUGUGCGAUGACAAACCAACUAGCUUUACUACCCAGUUUGCCUUUGAAAUUAACUACAUUAAGGUUGUCUCAUAAUACAUUUAAAGUUGUACACAAAGAGAUCCUUCAACUUUCGCACUUACGAACAGUAGAUUUAAGCAACAAUCAUAUUGAAACUCUACCAGGCCCCCUAGAAUGGGCUUCACUGAAUUUACGGGAAGUCAUCUUAAACUACAAUCAGAUUUCUAUCUUAAAUCUGGACAUGCGCAAAGAUACAAGCAGAUGGUCACGGCUGGAGAAACUGCAGCUGUCUCACAAUAAAAUCAAAGAGAUCCCCCCUGAAAUUGGAUUUCUUAUAAACAUUACUUGCUUUGACAUAAGUCACAAUCCAGAUUUGAGGUCAUUUCCAGAUGAAAUGGGAAAGCUUACUAAAGCUUGGGAUCUUCCCCUGGAGGGCUUACAUCUAGAUUUUGAGUUGAAACAUAUAGGCAGCAAGGCCAAGGACCUAAUUAGAUUUCUUCAGCAGCGCUUGAAGAAGGCAGUUCCUUACAACCGCAUGAAACUGUUGAUCAUGGGAAACACAGGACGUGGCAAGACAACACUGGUGCAGCAGCUAAUGAAAGAGAAACGCACAGUGAAAGGAUCAGAAAAAGCCACUAUUGGAAUAGAUGUAAAGGACUGGCCCCUCUUGAUCAGAGGGAAAGUUAAAAAGGAAAUCACACUGAAUGUCUGGGACUUUGCAGGUCAAGAAGAGUUUUAUAGUACUCACCCACAUUUUAUGACUCCACGUGCUUUAUAUCUUGUGGUUUAUGAUCUCAGUAAAGGAGCAUCGGAAGUUGAUGCUAUAAAACCAUGGCUUUUCAACAUAAAGGCUCGUGCUUCAUCUUCUCCUGUUAUUCUUGUGGGGACACACCUAGAUGUUUCAGAUGAGAAACAGCGGAAAGCCUGCAUAAACAAAAUAAAAAUGGAACUAUGUAAUCAACGUGAGCUUCCAUGUGUCCAGGAUUAUCACUUUGUGAAUGCUACUGAGGAUUCUGAUGCUUUGGUGAAGCUUAGAAAGUCCAUUAUCAAAGAAUGUUUGAACUUCAAAAUACGAGACCAGCCAGUUCUGGGACAGCUUAUUCCAGACAGUUACCUUGAGCUUGAAAAAAGAAUUCUUAUUGAAAGAAAAAAUGCCCCUGCUGAAUUCCCUGUAGUCAGCCGUAAAAGGAUGUUGGAAAUUGUAGAGGAAAACCAGUUGCAUUUGGAUGAAAAUGAACUUCCACAUGCAGUUCAUUUUCUAAAGGAGUCUGGGGUGCUAUUGCAUUUCGAGGAUCCUGCUCUUCAGCUUCAAGACCUGUAUUUUGUGGAUCCUCAAUGGCUUUGUAAAAUCAUGGCACAGGUGAUAUGUGUGUGUGUGUGUGUGUGUAUGUAUGUAUGUAUGUAUGUAUAUGUGUGUGUGUGUAUAUAUAUAUUUCUUUCCAAGAAAAAAAAGUUUCCUAAAAACUACAUGUCUCAGUACUUCAAGCUAUUGGAAAAGUUCCAGAUUGCUUUACCCCUUGGUGAAGACCAGCUUCUCAUUCCAAGCAGUUUAUCAGAUCACCGGCCUGUGAUAGAACUGCCUCAUUGUGAAAAUUCAGAAAUCAUCAUACGAUUAUAUGAAAUGUCAUACUUUCCCAUGGGCCUCUGGUCUCGGCUCAUUACCAGACUUCUGGAAGUGUCCUCAUACAUGCUUUGUGGCAGAGAACGAGCACAGCGUCCCAACAGGAUGUAUUGGAGACAGGGUAUCUAUCUGAAUUGGUCGCCGGAAGCUUACUGUUUAGUCGAGGCUGCAAGUCUACACAGCACUCCAAACAGUUUACUGAAAAUCACUGUUCCAUCUGGCAGAAAAGGUUGUAUUUUGCUGGGGCAUGUUGUGGAUCAUAUUGAUUCUCUCCUGGAGGAAUGGUUUCCAGGUUUGCUGGAAACAGAUAUUUCUGGAGAAGGUGAAACUCUGCUGAAAAAAUGGGUGUUAUACAGCUUUGAUGAUGGGCAAGAGCACAAAAGAAUUCUACUGUCUGAUCUUCAAGCAAAAGCUGAGGAAGGAGACUUACUGGUGAAUCCUGAAGAUCCAAGGUCUACAAUUCCUAUUUCUCAGAUUGCACCGGACCUUGUUUUGGCUGAUUUGCCCAGAAAUAUUAUGUUAAACAGCGAGGAGUUGAAAUUUGAGCAGUCUGCUGAGUUUUUACUGGGUGAUGGCGGUUUUGGAUCAGUUUAUAGAGCUGUAUAUAAACACAAAGAUGUGGCUGUUAAAAUUUUUAAUAAGCAUACAUCCCCAAGACUUUUAAGACAGGAACUGACUGUACUUAGUCAACUCCAUCAUCCAAGCUUAGUGUGUUUGCUGGCGGCUGGUAUUCGGCCUAGAAUGUUGGUGAUGGAAUUGGCGCCUAAAGGUUCUCUUGACCGUCUGCUACAACAAGACAGUGGUUCAUUGACCAGAACUCUUCAGCACAGGAUAGCAGUCCAUGUUGCUGAUGGGCUGAGGUAUCUUCAUUCAGCAAUGAUCAUAUAUCGGGAUUUGAAGCCUCACAAUGUUCUUCUGUUUACUUUGUAUCCAAACUCUGCUGUUAUUGCAAAGAUUGCAGAUUAUGGAAUUGCGCAGUACUGUUGCAGAAUGGGAAUUAAAACCUCAGAAGGCACUCCUGGAUUCCGUGCCCCUGAAGUUGCCAGAGGAAAUGUUAUUUACAACCAGCAGGCUGAUGUAUAUUCUUUUGGACUGUUGCUUUAUGACAUUUUGACUGCUGGCGCUAGGAUGGUUGAAGGACUUAAGUUUCCAAAUGAAUUUGAUGAGCUUGCAAUCAAUGGAAAAUUGCCUGAUCCAGUCAAAGAGUAUAACUGUGCACCCUGGCCAGAAGUUGAAGUUUUGAUUAAGAAAUGCUUGAAAGAAAAUCCUCAAGAACGUCCCACAUCUGCUAAGGUUUAUGAGAUUUUAAAUUCUGCAGAACUUCUUUGUUUAAUGAGAAACCUUGUGGUACCGAGCCCUCUUACAGCUGAAUGCAUUGCAGCAACAAGUUCCCGUGUCAAAAAUCCCACUGUUUGGGUUGGAAGUGGCAGCACUGAUAAGGGACAUAUUUCCUGCCUAAAUUUAGUUAAAGGUGGACAUACUUGUGAGGACUUUUCAGACAGUAGAAUCCUGUGUCUUGCACUUGUUACUCUACCUCGUGAGAGGGAACAGUGGAUUUUGGCAGGGACACAGUCUGGUGAUCUAGUGGCUGUGCUGGCUGAAGAUCUCAAAACAAAACACUGUAUUCAGAAAAUGCCCGAUUCCAUUACUUGCUUGUUAUUUUCUGGUGUAGUGAAGCAGAGCCAGAAAAAGAGCUAUCUGUUUGUGGGCACAGCAAAUGGCCUUAUCAUAGUAUUUGAUGAGGCUGCAGUGAAGUGUCAAGAUGUGAGUCCUGUGAAGGUACUUAAUGUCGGAGAUGUCAGCACUCCAGUGAUGUGCCUAUGUGAAUCUGCAUAUUCUUCUGAAAAGACUGCUGUCUGGGGGAUCUGUGGAACAAAGAUCUUGUCUCUUUCUACUGACUUUAUUGUUCAAAAGAGUAUUGAAACAAAAACUGCUGCACUAUUUUCAAAUGGAUGUUUAAAUGACUCGAACAUAACUUCUUUUGCGAUUGACAAAUACAUCUAUGUAGCAAAAAAAUACAGUCCCCAUGUGGAAAUUUGGGAUAAGAAGUCAGAAAAACUAUCUGGAGUACUUGACUGCGCUCAGUUUCUGAAAGAGGAAAUUGUGAAACAAAGAAAACUGAAGAAGGAAGAUUCUUACACUGCACGAGUGAAGGCUUUGUUUCUGCAGAAGAAUACUGCCCUGUGGGUGGGGACUGGAGGAGGGCAUAUUCUUCUUAUUGAUCUGUCAACACGGAGACCACUUAAAAUUAUUUCUAGUUUCUGUGACUCUAUUCGAUGCAUGAUUCCCACUCAGCUAGAUAAAGGAAGUGUUAAAAAUGUUGUACUAAUUUUGGGAUGUCGCUGUACACCACAAAAAGAAAUACAGUCUUUUCUUUCUGUUUGGGAUACAAACCUCCCACAUGAGGUUCAAAACCUUAAAAAACACAAUGAAAUUAGACAAGAGUUGGCAGAAAAAGCACGCGGGUUGUCUCUAGACUAAUUGGAGUGCUCAUAUA